AUGCUCUUCAGCAUCAUCAUCUCUAUCGCCCUAGGCUGCUUGUUAUUGGCUUCCCCCAUCUCCGGAUCCAUCAAUGUGUGGCCCAUGCCAAGAAACUUCUCGUGGCCUCAGCCGCAGGCCAACCCCCUCUCCCCUAAUUUCAACAUCAUAUCCCCAGAUCAUCGCUACCUCUCCUCCGCUGCCAAACGCUACCAGCAUCUUAUUCUCACCGAGCACCACCUCCCCCUGGUGAACCCCUCCUCCUCCGUCCGCCUCAACACUUCUGCUCCGCCGCUUCUCAGCCUCGCCAUCACAGUUUCCGAUCUCACUGCUCCGCUUCACCAUGGUGUGGACGAGUCGUACACGCUUACGAUCCCCGCCGCCGGGGGAACCGCCCAUCUGAAGGCGCAGACCGCAUGGGGCGCCAUGAGGGGUCUCGAGACAUUGUCGCAGCUGGUGUGGGGGGAUCCGUCGCUUGUGGCCGUGGGGGUGUACGUGUGGGACUCCCCACUGUUCGGGCAUAGAGGGCUCAUGCUUGACACUUCUAGGAACUACUACGAAGUUGAGGAUUUGCUUAGGACCAUCGAGGCCAUGAGCGCCAAUAAGCUCAAUGUGUUCCAUUGGCACAUCACCGACUCCCAUUCUUUCCCGCUAGUCGUGCCUUCCGAGCCUGAAUUGGCCUCCAAAGGGUCCUAUGGAUCUAGUAUGCAGUACUCUCCCGCGGAUGUCACCAAGAUUGUCGAGUUUGGUUUGGAGCAUGGUGUCCGGGUUCUCCCGGAAAUCGACUCACCUGGCCAUACAGGAUCAUGGGCUGCAGCCUAUCCCGAUAUAGUAUCAUGUGCAAAUAUGUUCUGGUGGCCAGCAGGAGCUGACUGGGGUGACCGACUCGCGUCCGAACCAGGAACAGGACAUCUAAAUCCUUUGAACCCCAUGACCUAUCAAGUACUCAAAAACGUUAUACAUGAUGUGGCGACAUUAUUCCCUGAACCAUUUUACCAUGCGGGUGCUGAUGAGAUCGUACCAGGUUGUUGGAAAGCGGAUCCAACCAUUCAAUCCUUCUUAUCUAAGGGAGGAACUCUUAGUCAGCUACUUGAGCUUUUUGUCAAUUCCACAUUCCCUUACAUUGUAUCUCAUAACAAGACAGUGGUAUACUGGGAAGACGUGUUACUAGAUGAUAACAUUAAGGUGCAAUCAUCAGUUCUUCCUCGAGAGAGUACCAUCCUACAGACAUGGAACAAUGGACACAACAACACUAAACGAAUUGUGUCUUCUGGGUACCGUACAAUUGUGUCAUCCUCAGAUUUCUACUACUUGGAUUGUGGUCACGGUGACUUUCUUGGAAACGAUAGCAUGUACGAUCAACAAACUCCUAGUCAUGACACAAAAAAUGGAGGGUCAUGGUGCGGGCCUUUCAAAACAUGGCAAACCAUAUAUAAUUAUGAUAUUACAUAUGGUCUAACUGAGGAUGAGGCUAAAUUGGUAUUAGGUGGAGAGGUGGCGCUUUGGUCUGAGCAAGCGGAUCCAACAGUUUUGGAUGCACGAAUUUGGCCACGAGCUUCAGCAAUGGCAGAGUCAUUGUGGUCAGGUAACCGGGAUGAUAAAGGUAUGAAGAGAUUUGGAGAGGCAACUGAUCGCUUCAAUGAAUGGAGGAGUAGAAUUGUCGCUAGAGGUGUCAGAGCUGAACCUAUUCAGCCACUUUGGUGUAUUAGGAACCCAGGGAUGUGCAACACAGUUAAUGUGGCUUGA